AUGGCAGAGAAAGAAGAGAAGAGCAAAACCAAAGAAAAGGCAGAGGCGGCGCGAAAGGGAUGGUCGAUAGCCGACUUCGAGAUCGGAAGACCCUUAGGGAGAGGCAAAUUCGGGCGGGUGUAUCUAGCCAGAGAAGUUAAAAGCAAAUACAUUGUGGCAUUAAAGGUAAUUUUCAAGGAACAAAUCGAGAAAUACAACAUUUAUCACCAAUUGAAGAGAGAAAUGGAGAUUCAAACCAGUCUUAAUCACCCUAACAUCCUCCGUCUCUACGGCUGGUUUCACGACGAAGAACGCGUCUUCAUGAUUCUUGAAUACGCUCACGGCGGUGAACUUUUUAAAGAGCUUAGAAAGUGCGGUUAUCUCUCCGAGCGAAAAGCCGCCACCUAUGUCGCUAGUCUGGCUAAUGCGUUGGCGUAUUGCCAUGAAAAGGACGUGAUUCAUAGAGACAUCAAGCCAGAAAAUUUGUUGCUUGAUCAUGAGGGUCGAUUGAAAAUUGCGGAUUUCGGGUGGUCUGUGCAAUCAAGGAUCAAGAGGCACACCAUGUGUGGAACUUUGGAUUACUUGGCACCAGAAAUGGUGGAGAACAAAGCUCAUGAUUAUGCUGUUGAUAACUGGACUUUGGGGAUUCUUUGCUAUGAGUUCCUCUAUGGGGCUCCUCCCUUUGAAGCGGAGAGUCAGCGCGAUACGUUCAGAAGGUGGGAAGCUUUUGGUCAAGGACUCUUCAAAGAGGCUGUCUCUUCAGAAGAUCUUGGAGCACCCUUGGAUAAUCAAGAAUGCAAAUCCAAUGGGCGCCUGCACUAA